GAGUUCGAUCCACAACAUUCGACUUCCGACUUCCUUUGGUUUCACAGAACUUGGAUCCAAAAACUGUAGAAGGACCCCGAGACGAAAUACAUUAAAAAGGAAAAUCGAGCUAUUGAAGCGAUAUAAUGUGUAUAAGAAAUUGCGAAUGAAUUUGUCUUUUAUGCCUGUUUUAAUCGAAUAGAGUUUGUUUCAAUUAUGCUGGAAUUUUGUCAAUGGAAAGCUGAGUCUUUCGAUGAUCCUAUGCACUCAUUCAGUAUGCAGUGCAGCUGACCCCAAAUCAUCAAUCGGCUGAUAUGACAGCACAGUAGGAGAUUCCGAUGGAUGAAGAAACCCCUCGAAAUAUCAUGACCCAAGCUUUGUUUGGAGACAGUGGAAUGCUUAGUGCUGUCGCUUCCCUCCUGAGACAGCAUAAUGGCACCAAAGAAAAAGAAGUUCAAAUGUCGACGCCUAUGUUGGUCCUUACCAGUGUGCCAGGAAAAGAUUCUCUUCAUGCGAAUGUUGUCCUUGGCUCUGCUCUAGGAAAAACAGCUGGCAUGAAACUCAAACCUGAUGCGCCAACCUCUACCGAGCCCACUGGCAUGCUAUCCAGCCUGGAGGAAGUGCACGCCCUGGCCACAGCGAGCCUCGUGGCCUCCACACAGCGUGACAUUGCACAACAGCUGGCACAGGAAGCUGAUGGCUUGGACACGCCGCGCCCGUCCCGUUCGAGCAGGGAGAAGAAGACCAGACAACUGGACCCCCAAGCAAAAAGGAUCCAAGUGAGCAAAGCAAAACAAGCAGUAUUGAAGACAGCUGAGAGUAAAGUGACCUCGGAGAUGAAGACUAAUAUUGUGGAGAAGACACAAGAUUCUGUGCAGCCAAAAGCUUUAACCUGCUCAUUUGAGGGUUGCAACCGAAAGUUUGCCUGGCAGAAUCACUUAAAGUAUCAUGAGCUGACUCACACCAAUAACCGGCAACACAAGUGCCCAGUAGAGGCUUGUGACAAAACCUUCUUCACAGCCCAGCGUCUCAAUGUACACCUACGGACACACACAGGGGAACGACCGUUUGCAUGUUCCCACCCAGACUGUGGGAAAAGCUUUACUACGGCGGGGAACCUGAAGAACCACCAGCGUAUUCACACUGGUGAACAACCCUUUGUCUGUGAUCAUCGUGACUGUAGCCGACGGUUCACAGAGCAGUCUAGUCUGAGCAAACACAAGCGAACACAUUCAGGUGAUAAACCAUUCCACUGUGAGAAGUGCAACAAAACGUUCACCCAGAGUGGCAGUCUGAGGAAGCACAUGCUGCGACAUCAGCUGGAUGAGGACAUGAGACGAUCCAGUGAGCAUGCGUCUGACAGAUUUGAAGAGGAAGUUGCGGAGAAGAGCCACUUGUCCCGGAAUCCUAACAGCUCACCAGGGAGUUGUGGAGAAGUGUCUUGUUCCCCACAGGUCCUUGUUCUGAAUAAUUCGUACCAGGGUUUGCCAACAUCAGAGUCUAUGGUAUUCUCUCAUGGCUUGAGUGAACACAUUGUCACUGUCAGUGGGCAGUCCAUGGAGCACACUCUCGCUCGCAGCCUGCUGAACACGCAUGGUGUCCAGGAAGGAUCACUCCCGGACAAGUCUGAUGAGUUGUUGGUUCUGUCAGAAGCUGGUGUGUACGAGGCAGGCGGGGCUCCCGGUGACAUUGUGUACGCCACCGACAUCCUGGACCACGAGGAGGUAACUCAUGCCAGCUACGUGACCACGCAGGUGGACUAUGCAGGGCACAUAACUCACGCCGACUACCCUCACCAUGAGGAAGUCACAGGUUCGGAAGACUUGCACCAAUCCGCCGUUCAGAUGGGGCUGUCGGAGUACGUCAGCUCGGGAUGCAGCACAGACAAAGACAUGACUUCCGACUGUCUCCAUCUUCCCGAUUCGGAGCUGAUCGGUGCGGAGGAAGUGACGGUCGCAGCACACUACAGCCUGUCGUCUCCCCCGCCAACCCCAACGUUGUGCCGUGCAGGGGAUGAUAAACUAGUAGACUCGCACCACUUCUCUCACCCGUCGGAUGGAAUGGAGGAUGAUGGGGUGGGAAACGGUGGGACAAUUGGACAGGAUGCUCACCCGCAUCGGACCUCGCUGGUUGGAGGGGUGGGUGGAUCGGGUGUGUCUGAGGGAGGGAGAGGUUCAGGUCCCCAUCAAUUGAGUCAUAGUCCGGGUCACCAGGAGAUGCACAUGGACCCCAUGAUGGAGUGUGAUGAGGAGCCAGAGAAGUCGAUGUGAAAAUGAGGUGGAGGUUUAGCUGUAAGUGCCCAGUACCUUUUGUUCCUGAGUAAUGCUCCGUUAUAUUUAUUUUAAUGAACUGACCACAGCUAAUAAAUAAAAUUUAUAUAUAUAUAUAUAUUAUAUAUAUAUAUAUAUAUAUAUACACAUGAUAAUGAUCUGUGACUCGUUAAUCGAGCAUACGUCCUCUCUCUAUUUCUAAAACUAUGGAUUAAUAUAAUCUUUGAGCGACUAUGAAAUUAUGUGAACUGAAAAAUAAAACACAGUAAACUGUAGCAGUUUAUUAUUAGGAUUAAUGACCAGUUGAAAUAAUCGGACUGGUCAAGAAAGAUUCCGGUGUGUGCACAUAGUUUUUAAUGGACUAAAGUGGUGCAGCGUUGUCCAGAGUGAGUACCGUGCCUACUUUCUGUCCGGACAUGAAACAUCUGUGGUCAGUCUGUAGUCUAUUUCUUGCCUGUGCUGCUGACACUUUGCAUUCUUGCCUGGCUUUUUUGCUAUUCCACGUAAAAGAUUUUGUCCCUUUGUGUAUGACUACUAUGACCACUGUCUCUCUAUAUAUAUUUAAUGAGAUGCUGUCAGUGUUGAAUCUCACAAAAUAAAUUCUGUAUACUAUGUAGAAACUGA